AUGCGUCCAAAGUCUUGUACGGAACAACCAGGGUCCAACAUCGACCGACUGCAGCACAAAGUUAAAACAAAAAAAUUUCCCGGCGUCGUGCCAGGCUUGAGGCCUGGUCGCCCAACCCGCAGCCCUGGCGGCACGCGCGUGCUCGCAUUUCGGGACGUCCACCGAGCCCAGCAGCUGUUGGAGACGGCCACGGAGUUCGUGGGCUACUGGAUGCUGGGUCGCCAGGAAGGACCCACGGGUCGCGUCAUGGAGGGGCUGACCCAGAUGGCGGCCAGCGACGUACGGGCGGACAUUCACGGACUGCUCGUCCACACACAUGAGAUGGGUAUCGACGGCCUCGCGAGGUUGUUAUCGUCGGAGCACCGACCCGCGGGUCUGUCCCUCAAGCACUGGCACAGCCGUGUGUGUGCGGCCAACGAGGACACUGACACGGUGUUUUGCCUGGUGGAGAUGAGAGCCGAGGACGAGGAGGGACACCCACGCUCCUGCUACCAGGUCCUCAAACUGGACCUCCUCCUGGAUGACACGUGUCGGCGGGUGACGGCGCUGUUGGAGCGGGGCCAGUGGGACAGCGCCGGGGACGACCUCACGCCGCUGCUGCUGGCGCCCAUGAUAGAACGCGAGGAGAAGGAAGAGGAGGCGCAGCAGGAGGAGGAGGAGAUGGUGCGGAAGGAGCGGAAGCAGGGGGGUGCUAGAGAGCAGGGGCAUGGUGAUGGGCAUCAUGGGCAUCACUCGCAGCGAGUCCGCGAUCAUGCCACUCGAGCUGGCGGGGAGGUGGUGGGAAGCGACUUGCCUGUGGAGCGCAUUGUGACGCAGUCGCAGGUGGCGAGGUAUACUAAGGGGCUUGACCCCGAGAAGCUUCGCAACGCAGCUCGCGCCUGGUGCGCUGCCCGUUCCUCCGGCACUGACCCACGGGUCAUCCUGGAGCCUUUGCUGGCGCCUGAGUUCCGUCUUUGGGACGCAUACGGCCUGCUGCCGCUCGUCUGCAGCGUCGGCGACCGAGCUGCCGGUCAGCAGGCGGCCGCCGCUGCGGCGGGGUACGCCGCCGCCGCCGGCGGGCCCCAGGACACCGGGCCCAGCGUCUUCGGGGGCGUUAGCAUCAGCAGUAGCAACAUUGGAAGGGGAGGCAGUACGGCAACUGGAUACACAAUGGCGCUGAUGAUGGGCGGCGGCGGCUGCAUGGCACCAAUUGAGGCGGUGUACGACAUCAUCGAGAGCGCCAAGAACGAGUACGACGUUCAGGUGACGCCCGUGGACUUGGCGGCCAGCUACACGCACAACGUGGUCUUCAACCACUGGGUCUGCAAGAUGACGCCCAAGGGCGGCCACGCGAUGACGGACUGCUCCGGGAAGCCGCUGUCCAUAGAGCAGGAGUGCGUCGAGGUGGAUAUCUUCAACAGUGACGGCCGCAUGACGGACGCCUGGAUGUUCAGAGACGCGCUGGACUUUGAGAAAAUAAUGAUGAAGGCGCGACAUAAAGAUGCGUACAUGGGCACAGAGUCUUGUUAG